AGAGAGAGAGAGAGAGAGAGAGAGAGAAAGAGAGAAAGAGAAAGUAUAAUAUCCCUUGUAACAUAAAUCAACAACGGUGAUUAGAAAGUGUGUCAUCUUUUUACCAACAACGACGUGUUUUUCUCUCUCGAUUAGUUUUGUUUUUAUAGAAAUUAGAAAUAUGUAUGUAAUUUUAGUGUGUUAAAUACUAGUGUGAAAAUAUUGGGAUUUAUUCGUGAUAGAUAAUAGUGUAAACAAGAGAGGAGAAAUAAAAGGUGAUGUGUAUUACAUAUACUAAGAAGAGAAUAGUAUUCCUAUAUUCUUAGUGUAGGAGUAAAGUUCACUGGCCCGUAUAAAGUACUGAUAACAUAACAGUGAACGUUUGACGUAAAUAAGAACACUAAACAAACAAUUGUGGAGGUACUCAUUAACUUUUUCCAUUGUGAACAUUAAAUAGAAAAUAAAAGGAUUAAAAAACAAAAUAAGAAGGACGAAUGAUUGGAUUUGUUUAAAAAAUGAAUUGAUCGUAAGUUAGUGAAAAGAAAGAAGCAAGGAAGGAAGGAAGGAAGGUAGAGAAGAGACAACUGCAAGAUACACGAGUGGUAGCCGGGCCACGUUGGGGUUCGGUAAUACGACACAGUUUUAAUUAAAAGCUCGAAAAGCUCGAAAAUAUCGGAAGUAAGAAGAAGAAGAAGAAGAAGAAGAAGAAGAAGCAGAAGAUCGAAGAAGAGACGCGAAACGAUUGGUGGUGUAACACACGGUGGAAUAGAAGAGUAGCGCUUGUAUCAGUCGUCAGGAGGGAGGCAUAUACCCAGGGUAUAUGCGUGGCGUAUUAAUAGACAUUAGUAGCUAGUUGGUGGGGGGGAGAACGACGCUCGUUGCUCGCGGGUGAAAAUAGAAAAGAAUGUUUUUGGAAUCCAAUUGGACUUGGUUGGCAGAACGAUGGGUCAAUAUGGCCGACUUGGCCGAGCGGGUGGACGAUCUGAUAUGCAGUUUCGACUCGGCUGGUGAUACGACCAUGGAUACAUUAUCGAUGCUGAUAUUCGGUUGGAUGUUAUUUGGUCUUGUUGUAUUGUGCGUCGGCAAGUAUGUCUACAAUCGUUUUGUUUUAAACGAUCUUGGUAGCUCUCACGGUACGAAAGACGGCCAUGUCUUUCACGGUGAUAGUGUUGUGGUGACGAGUGGUACUGCUAGUGCUGCUGGUGUUGCUGCUGGUGCCCCCACCGGGGCUAAGUUUCUCGCACAUCAGGAAAGAUCUAAUAAAUUAUCGGCGUCAUUGGUCGGUGCUCCAUCGGGUACAACCACGAAAACAUCGACUACGACCGGUCCUACUGGAAUUAGUGGUGCCGUUUUAGCUGCCUCUAACGCAGCUGCUUCAUUCGGGGGAGGUGGCAGCGGUUCAUCGUCAACGAUUUCCCUAGCACCCGUUGCUCCAACUUCCUCGACCUCGACCUCUGGUUACGUACCACCUACUCCACCGGUCCGGAAACGACUGACGAGGAAGACUUCCGGUGCUCUUAUCACUCCUGCUAGAAGCUCUAGGGCCCUUCAUUUACCUACGGCGACCGGUGCUGACGCCGAAGCCGUUCGUUGGGUCAACGAACUUAUCGUCUGGCUGCACUCGGACCUUGUCAUCCUCAACGAACUUCUCGCCAUUUGGGUGGCUUCCUUGAACGACUUUACUGCCGGCUCCGUCGACGAGCAUGGAGUGGGCGUCGAAUUUGUACGAGUACUUCCUGAAACACAUCCACCAACACUGUCGAAUAUUUUCUGCGAAUGCGAUUCCAAAGACGACGUGACCAUAACGUGCGACUGCGAGGCAACACCUGCCUUGCAGUUGAAAGCAUUUCGUCAAAAAGGUGACAAAUUGGAAUCUAGUCACUAUCGUGUCAAUGUUAAUCGUUUUCGUGCACGACUCAACGUUGUUUGCAUCACCGAAAAACUUCUCAUCGAUCUCAAAUGCGACGGCUGGCCAGAGGUGAAGGUUUCCCUGGCACAGGUAGGAACAAUAAAAAAGGAUUUGGAUGAGAGCCAACUACAGGAAGUAGUGACGGAAAUCGUGGUUGGUGCUUUGAGGGGUACCAAUGUUCAUUUGAAUCUUUCACAAUAUCCAACUUGUCCAAGAUUAUGGAGAGAACCACCACCCCAACCUGGUUUCUCUUUACCACUUCAUUAUGACAGUAUGAGUAGUUCAAAUUCAAUGAUACACAAGGGAUCUCCUCAACGUCUUCAAACACGUAAUGCAACUUCUGCAACUCAGUUGCAACAACAACAACAACAACAACAACAACAACAGCAACAGCAACAACAACAACAACAAUAUUUGCCAGGUGAAAAGCGUUUGCUUGUAAAAGUUGUACGAGCUACAGAACUUGGUGGUCAACAUCCCUCGGUUGAACCAUAUUGCGUUGUCGAAUUAGAUGAACCACCACAAAAGCAUCAAACUUCUAUCAAAAAGGAUACAACUAAUCCAGUUUGGGACGAAGCAUUUUUGUUUGAUGUCAGUCACAAUACCACCGAGGUACUCUUAGAAAUUUACGAUCAUGUAAAUAAGAGUCAAAAAUUCUUGGGACUUGGAAUAGUUGGGGUCGAAGAACUUCUUGCAAAUCCCAGUCAAAGGCAAAUUAUACCUUUGCAAGGUAGACCUUACGAGGAGGACGACGUCACUGGCACCCUCACCGUUGAGUUUCUUUUCAUCGAGGGUGCUGAGGUGCCACAGAUCGGAACGAAGCCAUACAAAGUGAAGGAGACAAUAAAACCGAUGUCACCGACUCGUACCUACAAUCCAGCGACCAAUCUCGUCAGCAGCAAUAGUCUUAAUUACAACAAUGGUAACAGCACUCUUAUCUUGUACGACAAUACCACUCUGUCAGACGGGGAUCCUUAUCUGACAAAUGGUAAUGUGGAUUCACCAUAUAGAAGUGGUCAAACUAACGGUAAUAAAGGAACUCUGAUAGUGCACAGUCAGCAAAGGCAAGCAGAGCGGCAAGUAGUAAAGGUAGCUAUGACGGAAAACGGAAAUUGGCAAGAAAUUUCCCCUGAGCAUGGAGGGAAGGACACAAGUGUAACAUCAGGACCAGAAAGUACACCAAAUUCCUCUAAUUCAGAAGAAAGAGGAAGAACGAGAAGAAAACGAAGAGACUUUUUCGGUACUAUAAAAAAACGUUUAAGUCGAUCAAAAACAAGAAGUAGAUCGGUUGGUCCUGAAGGAGACACCAAUCACGAGGAUGCACAUUCAAGGUCGAUAUCCGCUGACAGAGCACGAGAUCCUGGAUCAGCACAUUUGUCAAUACCAGGAAGAGAAGAACAUUCGAGGAGAUCUAGUUUGAGCGAAGCAUCCGGUAUCAGCGGAACUUCUACGAGAACAUACGUUAAUGAGGCCUCCACCCUUGUUUUAGAAACCCUGGAAAAUGGUAUCAAAAAACAUUACUUGGUUCCAUUAUCAUUAGCACAAAAAAGCAAAUGGAGGAAAAAGGGCACGAAAUUACAUAUAUUCAACGAUCACACCUUCAUCGCAAAACACAUGGCAGGAGGUACGGUGUGUGAAGUGUGUAAACGAACGUUAGCUCGAAGAUUAGGCAAACAAGGAUACGAGUGUAGGGAUUGUCAAAUGAAGUGUCAUAAACACUGUCAUGUUAAAGUUGACACGACGUGUCCUACGUCAACUAUACAAAGCAUCGAAUUGACUUACAUAAGGGUUCCACAACUUGAAAGGAAAUCAUCGAUGCGUUUAUGCUGAUCUGGGGACUUCUAUUUAUUUCUACACAUUAGUGUGUGGUCUUUUUAUUAACAAUUAAAUACAAAUUGGUAGGAUGAACAAAACAAAAGAAGAAGAAGAAGAAGAAGAAUAAGAAGAAGAUAAAGAAGAAAAAUAAAAAAAACGUAACGAAGUUGACAAACGUGCGAAAUGAAAGUAAAUGAAAAAUAAUUCUCAAAAAAAAGAAAAAAAAACAACUUAUUAAAUGAGUUUUACACGGUACUUACUUACGAACAGAUGAUUUAAUUGAGCUCUGUCGAUAAAGUAGAUAUUUAAACGAAAUCAUUUUUUCCCUCUACCACCAGCAAUUUUGAAAAAACUGCUUAGCUCUAAAAAAAAAAAAAAAAAAAACACUUCACUUUUGGAUGAAAUUUCUCUCGGAAUUUUAAGCAAAAAAAUAAUGAAAACGAUUAUACAAAAUGACAGGGAAAUGCAACAGUUUAUUUAAAAAAAAAAAAU